AUGCGCUCUCAAAUUAUUCGAGAAACAUCAGAAUAUUUCAUUUGUUUUUAUAAAUCCGAUAAUAAUACUUAUUCGUUCAAAGGCAGUGGUACUGUAGCUAAUCUUGCCUUUGCCGUUGCUCUUGCACGCCUCUUUCGAACACCAACUUAUCCUAAAUACAAGUAUCGUGUUCGAUUCUGUUGGUGGGGUGCUGAAGAACUCGGUGUAUUUGGUUCUAACUUUCAUGUUGCACAAACUCGAAAUUCGACAGUUGUCGGCGAACGGGUCACUGACUAUUUGGUCUAUCUCAACUUUGAUAUGCUCGGUUCGCCUAAUUUUAUGUUCGGUAUUUAUGAUGGUCGAACAGUGAAAAAUAAUAAUCCAUCAUCAGUUAUUCCAGGUAGUAAUAAGAUUUCUGCAUUAUUUCGUGAUUGGUUCAUUCAACAUGACUUACCUUGGGAUUUUGCUGAUUUCGAUGGUCGCAGCGAUUAUAGUCCAUUUUUAGUAGCAGGUGUGGCUUCAGGUGGUCUCGUUUCGGGUUUAGAUGGUAUCAAAAGUCAAGAACAACGUGAUCGUUACGAUCGAUUACUCGGUCAAGGUCUAGGUGGUCUUGCAGGCAUCAUUCACGAUCCAUGCUAUCACAAAGCAUGUGACACUAUACAGAAUAUUAAUGUGUUUUGUUUUGAGAAGAUGAUACAAGGAUCUGCCUAUGCUAUCGAGAGUCUGGCUCGACAACCAGAUUUAAAAGAAUGGUUGUAUCCAGUAGAUGAAAUUCAACGUUGA